AUGGUAGAUUCCAACCAGUGGCCGAACAUUGAAGUCAACGUAGCCUUAUGUGGGAUUUCGGGUUCAGGGAAAUCUCAGUUCAUCAACACAAUUCUUGGACUGAGAGCUGACGACCCUGGCGCGGCGCCCGUAGAUGCCUUUGGUUCGCAACGUACCACAUGGCGCUAUAAACACCCCGAGCUGCCAGGUCUUAUUUUCUGGGAUUUGCCGGGAAUUGGAACUGGUGAAUAUGGCAGAGAUAAUUAUUUGAAAACUGUUGAUUUUAACACUUAUGAUUUCUACUUAAUAUUUGGACGAGGGAGGUUCUAUGAAGAAGACGCGUGGUUGGUUAAACACGUCAACCGACGACGAAAGCGUUUCUUUUACAUUCGAACGCAUAUUGACCAAGACAUAGCAUCCAAGAAAAGAGAUGGUGACAAAACAUCAGCCGAGGAAUCUUGCUUAGAUAUUGUCCGAAAUGACUGCGAGACGCAAAUUCAACACGCCGGCAUUAAAGUGACCCAUACUCAAGUCUACUUGAUAUCUACACGGUUGCAGGACAAAGACAAAUGGGACUUUCCCAAGUUGAACUCGGACAUGCUUCAACAUCUGCCUCGUAUAAUAAGAGAAACAGAUGCAGUGGCCAUAUCAGUGCCUUAUCUUUCCGACAUCAAUGUCAAAAUCCAAUCCCUGCGCGACAAUGUCCGGCGAAUCGUUUUUCUAUCAGGGAUAUUAGCUGCGGUUCCUGUGCCAUUUCUUCCCCUCGUCGCUGACGUUUUUUUAAUUCUGCGGCAGAUAAAAACUUAUGAAAACACCCUCACACCAACGGAACUUUCUUUGAGACGCUUGGGACUCACGAACUCAUGGAAAUUUCAAGUUACAGGGUUUGGCAGACUUCUUGGCGAGUUCUUAAAGUUUUCCCUCUACUUCACGGUGAGCCCGUACCCUGGCUAUGUCACCGUCUUGGGGUGUGCAUUGUCCGCAUUUCUGGCUUAUCGUAUGACGGGUUUCGUACUUUUCAGGAGUUUGAAGAUUAUUGAAGAGGAAAAAAUAAAAAUGUUAAAAUAA